GUACGCCGUCCAUCUACACGCUCAUCCCGUCGACUCGCCGCGCCUUCCGCUCUCUGCUACUGCUUGCCCCCAUCUCCCACUCCAUUCAUAGAGGAAGACCCCAAGUCGCUUUCAUCCGUUAGACAUCCGGCAUCACCGGUCUUUUGCCCGGACUCGUAUCUCUCCCCAGCGUCCUAUAUAAAGCCCCCUCUACCCGUCUCUGUCUACUUGUAUUCCUCCUUCCUUCUCCCCCUUCUACCAUCACACUAUCAUGGCUGAACUACAACAAGUCCUCGAGCUUCUCCAGCAACUUACAGCAAAGCAAGAUGCUCUCGCCGAAGAGCUCAAACAACAACAACACACCUGCACAUGCGGCAACCACUCCUCCUCCAUCUCCGAACAGGGCGUGACCCACUACCCCAACGCUACCCCCCCUCACUCCCCCAUCGCGCACACAGGCGGUAUCGACGCCCUCCGCUCCUCCCGCAAGAAUUCCAUGUCCUCCCUCAACGGGCUAUCGACGUCGCCUUUGACUACUGCGCGAAACUUUCUCACCGGUUUGACCAGCACUGACGGCGUGAACGGCAAUGGCAACGGGGCAGUCACGCCCGGGACGCCGUAUGGCAACUUGAGCUUGGACGCUGCUGCCCGGGGGGCGGGUGCGCCUGGGGGUCUCUUACCCCCCGAGAAGAAUGAGACGGAUGAGAAGAAAGGGAAGGGGUUGUACCCCAGUCGUGUGAUUCUUACUACCUACCCGACUCAGCAUGGUAUCAACCCUACCCCACUCAACUGGGGCGCCGGUCCUACUGCGCGAGAACGAGGCCCCGUCGUAUGUUCCCGUAUCAAGUCCAACCUCCUCAUUCGGAACGCUAUCGGCGCCCACGCCGGUUCGUACUCUAUCUACCGCGCUCUCUCUAUCGGUAUGGGCCAGCUCCGACCCGAUUGGAGGCCCGACUUGACCAAUACCCACCCGCCGUUUGUGCUUCCUCCGACGCAGGGGUGGUUUGGGAAUAAGAUUGUCUCGUUUGAUCCUUGGGGUGCGAUGUCGCAGGAGAUCUGGGCCAAGGAGUACGCCGAAGGCCUCGACGUCCGCCCCACCAUCUCCCAAACCAAAGCCCACAUCAAGAUCCAAGAACUCGACGAGCUCUUCAAGAAGGGCGAUUUCCCCUGCGACGGCGAUAUCGUCAUCAAAUCUCCCGAGCUCCCCGCCUUCCCCGGCGUCGACCAAGGUAUCGAAGUAAACACCUACAAAGCCGCCAUCGACCCCGUCUGGCACCUCCCCGGCGUCGCCGAACGCCUCGGUAUCGCAGAAUCCACCCUCCGCCGCGCCCUGUUCGAAGACACUGGCGGCAUGUACCCCGAACUCCUCACUCGCCCCGAUAUCAAAACGUUCCUGCCCCCCAUCGGCGGUAUGACAGUCUACAUUAUGGGCGAUCCUGCGAAACUGCAAGAUCCAGAGACGGAGGUGACGUGCCGGCCGCAUGAUUCGUGUGCGGGGAGUGAUGUGUUUGGGUCGGAUAUCUGCACGUGCAGGCCUUAUCUUAUCUUUGGGAUCGCGGAGGCUUUGAAAUGUGCGCAGAGGGGUGGUGUGGGAGUCAUCAUCUACUUUCAAAAAGAAGGCCGUGCCCUCGGCGAAGUCGUCAAAUACAUGGUCUACAACCGCCGCAAACGCGGCGGCGACUCUGCCGCCGAAUACUUCAACAACACCGAAGUCGUCGCCGGCGUCAAAGACGCCCGGCACCAAGCCCUCAUGCCCGACGUCCUCCAUUUCCUCGGUAUCAAGCAUAUCCACAACCUGAUCUCGAUGAGCAAUAUGAAGUAUGAUGCCAUCAUUGGGAGCGGGAUUACGGUUGGGAAUAGGUAUGAGAUUCCGGAAGAGCUGAUACCGGCGGAUGGAAAGGUCGAGAUUGAUGCCAAGGUAUGUCUUGUUCAUUCGUUGGGGUAUGUGCAGUCGUUGAUGGUUGGAUAGAUCCAAGCGGGGUACUUUUCCAAGAAGCAAAUGACGGACGAUCUCGUCAAAGAGACGAAAGGUCGUAACUGGGAGGACAUCGUGCAUUAGUCUCGCUCAUCAUCCCAUCCUUCUCGCUGUUACAUAUCGUUGUCUAUCUUGCUCUCUGCACUACAGUCUCUAUGCACCGUUGUAAAUAUCGA